CUGGAAGACUCAGCACAGCCUUUGUCUCUGAACUGCUCCAAGUUUCCUCUUAGCACCCAUGUUUGCCUGCUCACCAAGUCUCCUCGUUUCUCAAGGAGCUCCUAACUUACCUUCUCUGUCUUUGCCAGUUCCCUCAAGUCUCCCUAACACUCCCAGCGCUCUCCCUGUACCUACCUCCUACAGGUAGGCCUCCCACAAUGCUGCUGUUGCUGCUUCGAAGAGCUGGGAUCUCUGGACUCCAGCAGGCCUCCAGACUCAGAUCAACCGCAAGGCUCUGCAUUCGGGCCUGCUCUACAAAUGAUUCCUUUCACUCCCAACACCCCAGCCUCACCUCCUCUGAAAGUAACUCUGGCAGCAAGAGCUGGAGGGUCAUGGGGACUCUGCUGGGCCUCGGUGCAGUGUUAGCCUAUCAAGAACAUCGUUGCAGGGCUGCUCAGGAGUCACCACCCCUGUACACGAGGGAGGAAGUAAGUUCCCACAACAGCCCAAAGACUGGAAUCUGGGUGACUUUGGGUCAUGAAGUCUUUGAUGUUACAGAAUUUUUAGACCUACACCCAGGGGGACCAUCAAAACUGAUGCUGGCAGCUGGGGGUCCCUUAGAGCCUUUCUGGGCCCUCUAUGCUGUUCACAACCAGCCUCAUAUACGUGAGGUUCUGGCUCAGUACAAGAUCGGGGAAUUGAACCCCAAAGAAAAGGCACCUCCCACCUUGGAUACCUCUGACCCUUAUGCUGGUGAUCCUCUGCGUCACCCUGCACUGAAAGUCAAUAGCCAGCGCCCUUUUAAUGCAGAGACACCCCCUGAACUGCUGACGGAAAGCUAUAUCACACCCAAUCCUCUCUUCUUUACUCGGAAUCAUCUCCCUGUACCUCACCUGGAUCCAGACACCUAUCGCCUGCACAUAGUCGGGCCACCUGGGUGUGAGUCACUGUCCCUGUCCUUGGAUGACUUGUACCAGUUCCCCAAGCAUGAGGUCACAGUCACUGUGCAAUGUGCUGGCAACCGGCGCGCUGAGAUGACUAAGGUCAAAAAAGUAAAAGGUCUGGAGUGGACGACAGGGGCCAUCAGUACAGCACGCUGGACUGGGGCACGGCUCUGUGAUGUGUUAGCUCAGGCUGGUCACCGCCUCUCUGAAAGUGAGGCCCACGUUUGCUUUGUGGGGCUAGACUCAGACCCCACUGGAACUGCCUAUGGAGCCUCUAUCCCUCUGGCUCAUGCCUUGGAUCCUGAAGCGGAAGUUCUGCUAGCAUAUGAGAUGAACGGGCAGCCUCUGCCUCGGGACCAUGGCUUUCCUGUGCGGGUGGUGGUUCCUGGAGUGGUAGGUGCCCGCCAUGUGAAGUGGCUGGGCAAAGUGAGUGUGGAGCCAGAGGAGAGUUACAGCCACUGGCAGCGGCGGGAUUACAAAGGCUUCUCUCCAUCUGUGGACUGGGACACUGUAGAUUUUGACUCUGCUCCAUCUAUUCAGGAACUCCCUAUUCAAUCAGCCAUCACAGAGCCCCAGGAUGGGGAGACGAUAGAGGCUGGGGAGGUGACUGUGAAGGGCUACGCUUGGAGCGGUGGUGGGAGGGCUGUGAUCCGGGUGGAUGUUUCUCUGGAUGGAGGCCUAACCUGGCAGGUGGCUGAGCUGGAUGGAGAGAAACAGCGCCCCCGGAAAGCCUGGGCCUGGCGGUUAUGGCAGCUGCAAGCCCCUGUGCCCGCUGGGCAAAAAGAAUUGAACAUUGUUUGUAAGGCGGUGGAUGAUAGCUACAAUGUGCAGCCAGACACUGUGGCUCCAAUCUGGAACCUGAGAGGUGUGCUCAGCACUGCCUGGCAUCGGGUCCAUGUUCGUGUCACUCCAUGAGAACCUGGAAUGGAAUCAUCUGCACCUCGAGAGCCAGCUUCUCCGCCCCUUUCCACACCCACCCACCCCCUGGCCCUCAUCGCCACAGGAAAACCUUUCUUUCUCACUCUUGGAGUACAAUCUCGUACCAAGCCUCCCUGAGCUAUUCACAGGUACACAUGUUGCACGUUUCCACCCAAGCACACUCCCUCCAUUGACACUGUGACAUAUACUUCCUUGUUUCUGACUUGGUGCCUGUAUAGAAUUUCUGUUGGAGCCAAGGGUUAGAAGUGAGAAAUUAAGUGGGGAAAAGCUCUGUUCUCUCUUUCUGCCCAACUUUAAAGCCUUUCACCAGUAGGCCUUAUUUUGAUGUAUUUCUUGGAUACAUAAGAAUGUAUAUGGGUAUGUAUAAGAAAAAUGUAUGUUCUAUGCUCUGUGCCACUCUGUGUGGCCAGGGGCUGGCUGUAAGCUGAGGGGUGCAACCCGCUUCCAUUUAUAGUUCUGCAUCAAUAAAGUGCCCUUUUAAGAUGGUGA